AUGGAUCCAGACUAUAAAGCUCGGAAAGAGGCGUUCGUCUCGAACCUGACAGGGAGUGAUAUUCAGGAUAUCAACUUGGUCUCACUUGUUGCACCGGCUUCCGUCUUUCUCUGGUCCGCUCUCCAGUCGCGCCUGUCCUACUUCUCGCCCUACGGUCCAGUCGCCUUGUUGACUGAUUUCAUCCUUAACGUACUGGCCAUUCUAUUCGCUACCACUGCCUAUUCCUCCGCACCGCUCCUGCUGAACAUCUUCCUAAUUACACCCGCUGUCCUACUCUUCCUCACUCAACCACCCGUGCGCUCUCCGCAAAAAGCCAAACCGCCCCGCAAACAAAAUGACAUCAAUGCCGGAGCUCAGGAUGAAGCCGAGUCGCUACCGAUACACCCUUUCCUGACAACAUAUCGAGCUGCCAUGAUGAUUAUCACUUGUAUUGCAAUUCUUGCGGUCGACUUCCGCGCGUUCCCCCGCCGGUUCGCUAAGGUCGAGAAUUGGGGUACCUCGCUGAUGGAUCUGGGUGUGGGCUCAUUUGUCUUCUCUGCCGGUGUAGUGUCUGCGCGCGCGGUUCUCAAGAGCCGAGCCUCCAAAUCACCCAAGGCGGCUCUACUUGGGAGACUUGCUGGCUCCGUGCGUCACUCGAUUCCUUUGCUUGUGCUGGGUUUGAUCCGGCUGUGGAGUGUUAAGGGGCUAGACUAUGCCGAACACGUCACCGAAUACGGCGUACACUGGAAUUUUUUCUUCACGCUGGGCUUGUUGCCGCCAUUUGUGGAGAUUUUCGAUACUUUGACUGUCUUGAUCCCCUCUUAUGAAGCAUUGGCUCUCGGGAUUAUGGUCCUGUACCAAGUGGUCCUUGAGUCAACAGAGCUCAAAAGUUACAUUCUGAUCUCCCCCCGUGGCUCGGAUCUGCUAUCCAAGAACCGUGAAGGCAUCUUCUCAUUCCUGGGAUAUUUGGCUAUCUUUAUUGCGGGCCGAGGCGCGGGAAUUCGUAUUAUUCCCCGAGGCACAUCUUCAUCCAAGUCACCACACCAGGCAAGGAAGUCCGUCUUGGUCAGCCUUGGUCUACAGGUACUCUUCUGGUCAACUCUCUUUUUCUUCAAUUCUUACUACGCGUUCGGCUACGGUGCCAAUAUAGUGGUAUCGCGCCGACUCGCCAACAUGCCAUAUGUGCUGUGGGUUGCAGCCUUCAACUGUGCGCAACUCCUCUUAUUCUGCCUGAUCGAAACUGUCCUUUUCCCGGCUAUUCACCGGUCAUCAGGCAAGACAGGCGAGGAGGAUCGAACAUCAUUUGGAACCAGUCGCAUCUUGCAUGCCUUCAAUCAUGGAGGGCUGGCUAUCUUUUUGAUGGCCAAUCUGCUAACUGGUGUGGUUAAUCUGAGUAUCCCCACGUUAGACAUCAACACGCCGCAAGCGAUGAUCAUCCUGGUCAUAUAUGGGGCGAUUCUGACCGCGAUUGCGCUUGGAAUGGACAAGGCGAAUAUCAAGCUGCGAUUGUAA